UUUAUUAAUAAAAACAUUAAUUGCUUCUUGGCGUUUUAGCGAGAAUAAGGAGAAAGUAAAUAAACAAAAGUAAUAUUUUUGUAAAAGUGAACAAAUUUGUGAACUUUACGAAUUAUUCAGUGAAAUGAAAUUAAUAACAAAACAAUCAACAAAGAAUCAGUUGAUGGGAAAAAAAAAUUGCGCGAUCAAAAUUAUAAUUAAAUAUGCUUUGCAUAAACGCAUCAUGGAAUUUUUUAAGCAGUUUUAUGUGCAUAAAUAAGUAAUGCAAAAGUGAUUAUAGUGAACUUAAUUGUGAAUAGAUUUUUUUUUACAUACUAAUCUCAGGUGCACUUCGAAGUAAUUUCCUUUAGUCGUUUUGUAAUAAACUUCUUUUACACUGUUAUACAAAAUUUUUAAAUAUUAUAAUUAAAUAUUAAAUUAUGUUAGUUUAAAUGUUUUGCUUUAAACGGUAAACAAAGCACAAAGCACGUGCAUUCGUUAUAUAUUUUCUGCGUACGAUCUAAAGUCCAAUCAGAGCGUGCUUAAUUACAAGGAAAGAGGAAUACGGUGAAAGUAUUGUUUGAAAUGCAAAUGUAACAAUUCCGGUUCCGUUUAGUUCCUACUCGAAAGAAGUGCUUAAAGACUUUACUAUUAAAAACUAAAAAAAAAACUAUCUACAAGACUAUCGAAAUGGCCAGUUUACAAUUCUGGGACUAUAUGGUAUUAGUUAUCAUUCUAACCGUCUCGUCUAUGAUCGGGAUAUAUUACCGUUUAUCGGGAGGAAAACAGAAGACUACCAAAGAAUAUUUAAUGGCCGAUCAGAGUAUGUCUGCUUUGCCGGUUUCGUUCAGUUUAAUGGCAAGCUUCAUGUCAGCUGUCACGCUAAUGGGCGUUUCGAAUGAAAGCUACCAUCAUGGAAUAAUGUUCUGUAUCAUCAAUUUGGCUUAUGUGAUAAGUACUCCUAUUGCCGCCUAUCUAUACUUACCCGUAUUUUAUCGUAUGCGCACAACUAGUGUUUACGAAUACUUAGAGCGAAGAUUUGGUCACAGUACGCGUUUGGCAGCUUCACUAGCUUUUUCUAUACAAAUGAUCUUAUAUAUGGGUAUUGUACUGUAUGCGCCCGCUUUAGCCCUGGAAGCUGUGGCUGGACUGAAUAAAUUUUCUGCUAUAGUGAUUAUAGGAUUAGUUUGCACAUUUUACUCAACCAUUGGAGGAAUGAAAGCUGUGUUAAUAACCGACGUCUUCCAAUCACUGCUAAUGUUUGCUGCCAUUUUUUCGGUUAUUGCAAUGUCCGCCAUUAAAGCCGGAGGUUUGCAGGGAAUAUGGAGGGCGGCGGCAAAUACGGGUCGUGUAAACGUAAUUGAAUUUUCUUUAGAUCCUACUAUACGUCACACGUGGUGGAGUUUAAUAGUAGGCGGCAUUAUCACUUAUAUGUCAUUGUACUGCGUAAAUCAGACACAAAUACAACGUUUGCUAAGUGUACGUAGCUUGAAGGGUGCUCAAGCUGCUCUAUGGUGGAAUCUCCCAUUGUUAAUUUGUUUGAGUUUCAGUACCCUAUUCAGUGGUUUGGCUAUUUAUUACUACUAUCGCGAUUGUGACCCAGUUAAGGAGGGACGGAUUUCGAGAGGAGAUCAACUAAUGCCUUUAUUUGCUUUGGAUACAAUGGGUCAAUAUCCAGGCUUGUGCGGCUUAUUUGUUUCUGGCAUAUUUUCAGCCAGUCUAUCUACCGUCUCGUCUGCGGUUAGCUCUUUAGCAGCUGUUACCGUUGAAGAUUACAUAAAACCCAUAUAUAAAAUGUGGUUUAAGCGUCCAAUGAUUGAAAAUAAUACUACUUUGCCGUCCAAAUUUAUGGCUUUUAUUUACGGUAUUGUUUGCGUUGCCUUAGCUUUUGGAGCUGGCUCAAUGGGUGGUGUUUUGCAAGCUUCGUUAACUAUAUUCGGUGUCGUGGGAGGACCCCUCUUGGCGAUCUUUACAUUGGGAAUGUUUACCGUGAAAGCCAAUCAACGAGGUGUACUCUUGGGUCUAAUAAUUGGUUUAUUCUUUUCAUUUAAAAUCGGUUUUGGUGGACCAAAACCUCCUGUAACGACUUUACCUCUUUCGACAGAAAGCUGCCAAAUGACAACAAACCAAACAUCGCUCAUGGCUGGUACUUUGGAAAGCCAACUCGAUGACAAUUUCUUUGAUACCAUCAUCGCCACUAGCACUAUGAAUGCUAUUACGGAUCCCAGUGAGAAAGUCGAAUAUUUUUGGUUAUAUCGUUUGUCUUAUUUAUGGCUUUCGGUAUUGGGUUUUAUUAUAACCCUUACGACAGGCUAUGCUUUAAGUAGACUUUUGGAAUAUUUCAACUUAGCCGAUAACUAUCAGAUCUAUACAGAUAUUUCGCGUAAGAUAAUCGAUUGCGAUUUAUUUAUACCACCGUUGUCGCAGAAAUUGCGUACAGAAGUAAUAAGUGAAGAAUCUGAUCGCUUAAAUUGGUUAAUCAGUUAGGCAGAACUCGUAUAAUUAAGUAAAUAAAAAUUUAAUUUAUUUUUUUUUUUAUUAUAGUGAUUCAAAGGUUCUCUCAUAGGCAGUCACAAAUAUUCUUUUGUAACUUCAUCUUACUGUAAUCUGUAAGAACGUCUCAGCAUUUAUUAUUGAGUAGAAUUUAUUUUGAAACUUGUAGCAACAAAUUCGGGUUUGAAAACUUUUAUUUCGAGGAGAAUGGAAAUUUUUUGAAAUUUUAAAUCUAGGAAAUUGCUUCGUUUACCUAGUAUAACCUACACUAGAUUGUUGAGUUCCUAUUAAGGUCUUUUUUUUUAUGAAAUAAGCUAAGCUAUCUUCACUUAUUAAACAUAUUUACUUUUAAAGUUUAUGGUAAUGAAAAUGCGACGUUUUUCUUUAACGUACGGACAGCUCGGUGUGUGGUUGCCAAUGCUUACAUCUUCAUUGAUCCCUUUUAUAAUGUUAGUACGGAAUGUUACAGAUAUUCCCCCGGAGCCUCGAUGCGUUAGCGACUGAUAAUGCUGUCAAAUAAGGGAUAAUAAUAACGAUUAUAAACAUCGGUUGACGUCUGUCAAUACCGUUUAAACUCCCCAGAGCACAUGUACAUAAAAUAUCCGAUAAAGAGCUUUGUUUUAAGUUUCUGUCUUUGCACAACCGCCUUUAGUCAGCUGCAGUGUUUUUGUAAGCUGAGAAUUGCCAAGCAAUGGAACGAUAAAUUUUUACCUCCACCGAAGUGAUGGAAGCAAUGUCAUCGAUAACAUCUAACUUUUGGCGAGAAAAAGCUGAGAAAUCAGAGUUCCUUAUUAGGUAACAAAUAUGCCAAAUACGUAGACAUAGAUGGCUACCAAGUAGGAAGAUUGUACUUUGCUGUGACCGAAUCCAUUGCACCCAUCACCUGUGUGUUAAGAAAUUCUCGAAGAAAAUGAAAUUUUGAUGCUCGAUAAGAUUGGAUGAGCAAUUUUUUCCAAUUUUUAUAAACUGCACGAUUGUGGUGCAAGGGUGUACUACUUUUGUUCAGAAGGAGUUGAGAUAGACCCACCUCUUAUUAUACCGAUCGAUUCAGAAAGU